AUGUAAACACCUAUUCCGUAGUUAAUGAUUACAGAGCAACCUUAGGAUGAAUAAUAGGAUUUUCUAAACUAUUCAUUAUCUGAGGUUUAUUUUUCAGUCAGCAAAUUUAAAGACAAUAGAAAAAAUGUUAGUGAAAACUCAAUGAAUUUGAAUUAUAACGAAUAGGAAAAUUCAACCCCUAUUUCUCCUAAUAACAUAAAUUAAACUAAGCCAAGCAAUCAUUCAUCUGCUUAAAAAUCGCAGUCUUAAGAAAGAAUAAAUGUAAACACAACAUAAGAGAAGGUUUAUAGAGAUUUUUUUCAAUAUUUUCUAAUUUAAAAGUUUGUUCACAAAAUAUCAUUUAAAAAGAAGAUAAAAUUCUUUAUUUGACAGAUAUCACUUUGAGGUAAUUAAUGAUCUGGGUGCUUCAUUUGACAUCAAUUUAUUUAGAGAAAACACAAUAAAAUUAACACCUAUAAUUGUAAAACAAGUUAGAAAAAUAGAAACCCAAUUUUCUACAAGACUGAAAUAAAUGACAUCUUAAAUUCAAUAAAGAUGGGUAAUAUUCAUAAAUAAAAUUCCAUUAAUAUAUCCAGAAUCAAAAUUGAAAUUAAUUUGGGAUGGGAUAGUGACUGCAGCAAGAUUUUAUUUUAUCUUUAUCAUUCCUCUGGAUUUGGCUUGGGAAAUGGAGUAAUUUAUGUUUCAAUUUCUAAUUGUACCUACAUCGCUUAUGCUAGCUUUAUUAAUAAUUGAUUAUAUUAUUAGUUUUAAUCAAGCAUUUUACGAAUUUGGGUCUAUAGUUACUGAUAGAAGAAAGAUUGUACAAUAUGUUUUAACAAAAAGUUAUGGAUUAGACAUCGUAUCAAUUUUAAUUUUAAUAAAUUUUUUAAUAAUAUCACUAUUUUAGAGUUAAGCAGUAAGCCUAACAUAAAAUUGGUAUCAAUUAUCAUUACUUUUAUUUCUUAUUUAAUAUAAGAACAUAUCAAAAUUAUCAGAAUAAAUUGAAGAAGCUUUAAAUUUAUCAAAAUAAAUGAGUUCAUUAUUAGAAUUGGGUAAGUUAUUUUUUUUGUUAUUUUUUGUUUUACACAUAUUUUCUUGUUUGUGGUUUUGGGUUGGAUACCACUAAUUAAAAAAUAAUCACAAAACUUGGUUAUAUCUUAAAAACUUAGAUUAAAUGAAUUGGAAUGAAUAGUAUUUAUAUUCAUUUUAUUUUUCAACUGUUACUAUGUUCACAGUAGGAUAUGGGGAUAUAACUCCAUAAAGUAGUUUGGAAACAGUAUUAUGCAUUAUGUUUAUGAUGAUUUGCAGUAUUUAAUUGUCCUAUAGUGUAAGUACUGUAGGAGCUAUCAUAGACAAAAUUUCAUUUUAUACAAAGGAGAAGAGAAAGAAGGUUUAAACAAUAAAUACCUAUAUGUAAAAUAAAAAGAUUAGUUAUGAAUUAUAAUUUAAGAUAAGUGAAUAUUUGAACUAUUAUUGGUCUUGUAACUAACAAGAAGAAACUUAGGAAGAAAAAUAAAUAAUUAAUUAAUUAUCAGAAAAUCUUCGAGAAAACUUAUAAUUUGAAGCAAAUUCUAUGAUUUUAAAUAAUUGUCCUUUAUUUAAAAAUUAUUUUAGUGAACAAUUAAAAAAAAAAUUAGUGAAAAAGAUUAAAUCAAUUGUUGUAUAACCUGAAAACAUAAUUGAUUUUAAUCAUUUUUUUCCAGAAUAGAAGCUGAACUAAUUUAUAUGUUUUGUUGAGGAAGGAGAAAUUUAAAUUUUUAUUGAGAAUGAAAUGUUGUAAAACCAUGUUUCAUACAAUUCUAUAUCAAUUGUAAAUACAGUUUCAAAAGGUAGCAGUCUUGGAUUAAUGUCUUUCAUAACAGGAGUGAAAGCAAGAGAAAGAUUCAAGAGCUUAGGAUUUUCAAAACUAUUAUUGUUAUCAAGGGAUGACUUUUUGAAAAUCAUUCCAGAAUUUCCUGAAGAUUAUGAGAUAUUUAGAGAAAUGCAUGAUGAUUUAAUUUUGAAUGAAGACUCAUAAUUUCUUAAAUUAACUUGUUUUUCCUGUAAUAGCAUCUCUCAUAAAGUAAUUGAUUGUCCUUUAGUUCAUUUUAUUCCUGACAAAGAGUUCAUAAUAAAAAAACAUUAAUUUUCUAGAUUUUAAAAAAGGAAUGAAUCAAUGAAAUUAAAAUAUAAAAGAAAUCAAAAGAGAUAGCAUGGAUAUUUUUCGGUACAUCAUGAUUUAGAUUUGAUUUAGGAAACAGCAAAAUUGUUUUAAGCUGAUAAUUAUAAAUAAUGUCUAUUUUAUGAAGAAAUUGAUGAUGAUUCUGAUAAAGAUAAACAAAAGUUGCAUUCUCCUCAAUUUAUAAGAUCUAUUAAUUAUACAUUGUCAGAUUCAAUAAAAGAAGAAUUUCAAUCUGAGUCUUCUCCUAAAUAAUAACCUUUAUAAUAAAGAAGAAGUGUUAUGUCAAAUAUGAUAACAAAAAAAUCAUUAUCUCUACUGGUAGAUGAUUUCACUUUAUAACCUUUUAAAGGGAUUAAAAAAUUCAAAAGAGUAGUUGAGGUUGUCAAAAGUCUAAACAAAAUUGCAAAUAAGAAGAGUUGCAAAGCUUAAACAAAAAAUAUUUUAGCCUCUUUAGGUAGUGAGAAUUAUAGAGAUUUAGAAUAAAGAUCUUUAUUGAAUGGUAUUAUUAGAAGAUUAAGGUAUAUUCAAAAUCAUAAUAUUGAAUGUAUAGACAAAGAUUAUUAAGAGAUGGAUUUUUAAAGAAUGAAAUUGUAAGUAUUGUUAUCACAUCAUUAAAGUAUAGAAGAAACAUAUGAGAAAUUUGAAACAGUAAGACAAUUUAAAUUUUAUUGUGUUCAUAAUAAUGUAGAUUAAAUUUUAACAAUUUAUAAUGAAUUUUAUAAAGUGAAAUUAUAAGAAUUAUUAGAUAUACCAAAAAUAUUCAAGUCUUUCGUGAGAUAUUUGAUGUAUCCUUAUUCCUUUAUUCAUAAAUAUAAAUUGAAAGCUGAUAGUUUUGAUUUAAAGGAGAUAAAAAAAGAAGUUAUAACAAAAAAAGAUUAAAAUGCAAAAUUUUCUAAACUUUUAACAUUACAUAAAUAAAGUAAAAAUUUGAGAAAAAAAUUACAUGUGAAAAAAGCAUAAAUAAAGCCACUUUGA